AUGUCCCAGAUGAUGCACAUUGAUAAUAUUCCAUCAACCCCAGGGAAGUUCAAGAUGGAGAAAUCUCCAUAUCAUAGGCAAAGGCUUUAUUCUUCUUUAGCCAAGCUCACGUUUUGGUCUUUUGUUUUCAUUGGGUUGAUCUUUAUGUUCUUUUUUAGAUCGUCGUCGUCGUCUUCAUCACAAGUCCCUUCAGAUCUCUCGAGGAGGUCUUUAAGAACCAGUUCUUAUGGUGGUCCUGUGUGGGAAAAAAGGGUCAAGGCCUCAGCUAAAAUCAGGUCAAGAAAUGGGUUUUCUGUUUUGGUUACCGGGGCUGCUGGCUUUGUAGGUACACAUGUAUCGGUUGCCCUCAAGCGCAGGGGAGAUGGCGUUCUGGGGCUCGAUAAUUUCAAUGAUUACUAUGAUCCGUCCCUUAAAAGGGCGCGGCAGGCUCUAUUGGAGCGCACGGGUGUUUACAUUGUGGAGGGUGAUAUCAAUGAUGUUGCCCUCUUGAAGAAGCUUUUUGAUAUUGUUGGAUUCACCCAUGUUAUGCAUUUGGCUGCUCAGGCCGGUGUGAGGUAUGCCAUGGAAAAUCCUAGCUCCUAUGUGCAUAGUAAUAUUGCUGGUCUUGUUACUAUGCUUGAGGUUUGUAAAAGUGUCAAUCCCCAGCCUGCGAUUGUGUGGGCAUCUAGUAGUUCUGUGUAUGGAUUAAAUACUAAGGUACCCUUUUCUGAGAGGGAUAGAACAGACCAGCCGGCUAGUUUGUAUGCAGCCACUAAGAAGGCUGGUGAGGAAAUUGCACAUACUUAUAACCAUAUAUAUGGACUUUCACUUACGGGAUUGAGGUUCUUCACAGUUUAUGGACCUUGGGGUAGGCCGGAUAUGGCAUAUUUCUUUUUCACACGGGAUAUUUUGAAAGGGAAGUCAAUCCCGAUCUUUGAGGCACCUAAUCAUGGAACAGUAGCUAGGGACUUUACAUACAUUGAUGAUAUUGUAAAGGGUUGUUUGGCGGCGUUGGACACUGCUGAGAAGAGCACUGGCAGUGGUGGCAAGAAAAGUGGACCUGCUCAACUGCGCGUAUACAAUUUGGGGAACACUUCUCCUGUGCCUGUUUCGGAUCUUGUUAGCAUUUUAGAAAGAUUGCUCAAAGUAAAGGCAAAGAGGUUAGUUAUGAAGUUGCCUAGGAAUGGGGAUGUGCAGUUUACUCAUGCGAACAUAAGCUUGGCUCAGAGAGAGCUCGGCUAUAAGCCCACUACAGAUCUGCAAACGGGAUUGAAGAAAUUUGUUCGAUGGUAUCUCAGUUAUUAUGGCAAUGGGAAGAAAAGUGCACAGUGA